UGUCUCUCUCUCUCUCUGUGUUUCUUUCCUUUUGAGCAGCUGCCUUACAUGAUAUUUGUCCAUGUCUAAUCUUUUCCAAAGUUAAAGUUGAAAUCUUUCUGGUUUUAUGAUUGGUGGGAGUUCUGUUCCCGGUGGUGGGUGAAUUGGGUUUUUUUUUUUUUUUUUUUCCGGUGGCUUCUGGUUCUUGUAAGGGGGUUUUUGGAGCCUGAGGGGUUUGGGGGGUUAAUGAUUGAAUUCUUGGGGUAAUGAGAAUUUUGGUCAGAGGUUCAUCAGAGCCGGUAGGUGGAGUAAAGCAAGAAAAGAAAAGCAGAUUGACUGGCGGAUGGGCUUGAAGGGAUGAAUACAAAACCCUAGGAAAAAGAAAAAAGAAAAGUAAGAAAAGGAAGAAGAAAGCAUAGACUUUGUCUCUGAAAAAGUUCGUUUGGAAGUGGGAGAUAAAUGCUCUAGAUAUCGAUUUUUUUGUCCACUAGGUUGAUUCCAAAGAAAACUCUUCAACCCAUUUAAGAAAAAAGAAUUCCGUACUCAUGCCGGUGGACUUGGAUAAUUCCUCCACAGCUUCCGGUGAAGCUAGCGUCUCCUCCUCUGGUAACCAAAACCCACCUCCCAAAUCCACUGCCAAGAAAAAGCGAAAUCUCCCCGGAACGCCUGAUCCAGAUGCGGAGGUGAUUGCUCUGUCUCCGAAGACUCUGCUGGCGACGAACCGGUUCGUCUGUGAAAUUUGCAGUAAAGGAUUUCAGAGGGACCAGAACCUGCAACUUCAUCGGCGGGGACAUAAUCUGCCAUGGAAGCUGAGGCAGAGGUCAAGCAAGGAAGUGAAGAAAAGAGUCUAUGUCUGUCCCGAGCCUUCGUGUGUUCAUCACGAUCCGUCGCGUGCUCUGGGCGAUCUCACCGGAAUCAAGAAGCAUUUCUGUAGAAAACACGGCGAGAAGAAGUGGAAAUGCGACAAAUGUUCCAAGAAAUACGCCGUGCAGUCCGAUUGGAAGGCUCACUCCAAGAUUUGUGGCACCAGAGAGUACAAGUGCGAUUGUGGGACUGUGUUCUCCAGGAGGGACAGCUUCAUCACCCACAGAGCGUUCUGCGAUGCAUUGGCUGAAGAGAGCGCAAGAGCUCAAACUCAACCACCUGCACAAAAACAGAAUCAGAAUCAGGCGGUGGCGAAUCCCACCUCUGAAUCAGACCCAAAACCUCAGGCAGUGGAUUCAUCUCCGCCACCAGCACCAGAACCGGCUGCAGCCCCAGCACCAGCGGCACCAACUCUUUCUCAGUCUACUGCUGGUGUAGUAUCUACUCCUACAGUUUUCUCUAUUCAAAGUUCAGAGUUGCCAGAGAAUCCCACUCAGAUCGCAGAAGAAGCUCCGAUGCCAGCUGGCCUAAAUGGAAGCUGUAGCAGCAGCAGCACCAGUUCAGGGAGCACUGGUAACACUAGCAGCAGUGUGUUUGCAAGUUUAUUUGCAUCAUCAACUGCAACUGGAAGCUUACAGCCUCCUCAACCCCCUGCAUUCACUGACUUAAUUCGAGCUAUGGCACACCCAGAUCGUCCUGCUGAUCUUGCUCCAUCUUCAUCAACAGAACCGAUUUCUCUGUGCCUCUCAACCAACCAUGGCUCGUCAAUAUUUGGGACUGCUGGGCAAGAGCGUAGGCAGUAUGCUCCACCCCCACAUCCAGCUAUGUCUGCUACAGCACUUUUGCAGAAAGCUGCUCAAAUGGGUGCUGCAGCAAGCAAUGCAUCGCUGCUUCGUGGACUUGGGAUUGUUUCUUCAUCUUCAUCACCUGCACAGCAGGACAGUUUGCUGUGGGGUCAGAGACAAGUGGAGCCUGAUAAUGCUUCAGUUCCUGCAGGGCUCGGACUAGGGCUUCCUUGCGAUGGAAGUUCUGGAUUAAAGGAAUUGAUGAUGGGAACUCCAUCUGUAUUUGGUCCUAAGCAAACUACCCUUGAUUUUCUUGGAUUGGGGAUGGCUGCUGGUGGCAGCCCUAGUGGUGGCCUAUCAGCUAUAAUUACUUCUAUUGGAGGUGGUCUUGAUAUGGCUGCUGCAGCGGCAGCAGCAGCAUCAUUUGGCAGUGGAGAAUUUGCUGGGAAAGACAUUGGAAGGAACUCAUGAGCGAUUUGACUUGGGGGGGAUGUGCAUUGUACAGGGGCAUCUGGUGUUGAACAUUUGGGGUUACAGAAGCAGCAAUGGUUAGUAUAUAUAUUUUCCGUAAAGAACUGCCAUUUGGGUCUAGGAAGAAGGUACGGAUUAGAGUCAAUCCAGCAAGAACAAGUUGUGCCUUUCUAAUUGUUCUGCUGCCUUCUACAUGUCUAGGUUGAGGACUUUCAUCAUGUGCUCAUGGCAGUAUAAACUUUUGUAGUAAAGCUAAAAUGUGGAGUCAAGCAAAGCAAUUAGUAUUCUUGGGAAGAACUGCUGGAUGGAGUAGCAAGAUUAUAGUCAGGUGAAUUGGGGAGUGAAAUUGAAAACGAGCAUUCUGUGUUAUGUUUGGAUUCAUCAUUGAAUAAAGGGCAUGGUGGAUGCAUCUUCACCUUUGAUAUUUAGCUCCAAUCUCCAGAAGUACAGCCAAUAUAUUGUCAGAAAAUGUAGUAGUAAAUGGAAGUCCGGAAUCCCACAGGGAUUUAGGCUCCAUUCUUUUUUGUUCACUGUUAACCUUUUAUUUGAAAGUUAGUUAACUCUGUUGUAUUAUUUUAUUUCAAUCUCCAUCUCAUGGUUUAUAUGAUCGGCAUUGAGCUCUGUUAUCAUAUUAUGCUCAUAAAGGUCUAAUGUUAUU